CGAUUCCCCUACUCUAGCCAAGAGAUUCCGUGUGUCAACGGAUCUAUUUCUCUCAUGACUUUGUACACAGCUAAAAGAUCACCCCUCAUCCUCCUGUGCUCCAAGGAAUAGAAUCCCAGCCGGCUCAACCUCUCCCUAUAGCUCAGGGCCCUGAGUCUUGGCAACAACCUCGGAAAUACUCUUUGUACUCUUUCCAGCUUGACAUCGUCUUUCCUAUAACAUGGUGCCCAAAUACUCUAAAUGCGGCUUCACCAAUGUCUUAUCCAACUGCAACAUAACCUCCCAACUUCUAUACUCAAUGGUCUGACUGAUGAAACUACCUUAGACACAUACCUUAGACCUUAGUACCUUAGACAUAGACACAUAGAAAAUAGUUACAGGGGUUGGCCAUUCGGCCCUUUAAGCCAGCACCGCCAUUCAAUAUGAUCAUCCAAAAUCAGUACCCUGUUCCGGCUUUUUCCCCAUAUCCCUUGAUUCCAUUAGCCCUAACUAUAUGUAACUCUCUCUUGAAAACAUCCAGUGAAUUGGCCUCCACCGCCUUCUGUGGCAGAGAAUUCCACAGAUUCACAACUCUCUGGGUGGAAAGGUUUUUUCUAUCCCGGUCCUAAAUGGCCUACCCCUUAGUCUUAAACUGCGACCCUUGGCUCUGGACUCCCCCAACAUCGGGAACAUUUAUCCUGCAUCUCGCCUGUCCAGAAUUUUAAGAAGUUGACCAUGGGUCCCACAAUCGUACAAGGGAUGAGAUGAAGAAUGAAGAAUGCAGAGAAUUUGAGUAUAAGAUUGGAGUAUAGGAGCAGGGAGGUUCUACUGCAGUUGUACAGGAUCUUGGUGAGACCACACCUGGUGUAUUGCCUACAGUUUUGGUCUCCUAAUCUGAGGGAAGACAUUCUUGCCAUAGAGGGAGUACAGAGAAGGUUCACCAGACUGAUUCCUGGGAUGGCAGGACUUUCAUAUGAAGAAAGACUGGAUAGACUCAGCUUGUACACGCUAGAAUUUAGAAGAUUGAGGGGGGAUCUUAUAGAAACUUACAACAUUUCUUAAGGGGUUGGACAGGCUAGAUGCAGGAAGAUUAUUCCCGAUGUUGGGGAAGUCCAGAACUAGGGGGUCACAGUUUAAGGAUAUGAGGGAAGUCUUUUAGGACUGAGAUGAGAAAAACACUUUUUACACCGAGAGUGGUGAAUCUGUGGAAUUCUCUGCCACAGAAGGUAGUUGAGGCCAGUUCAUUGGCUAUAUUUAAGAGGGAGUUAGAUGUGGCCCUUGUGGCUAAAGGGAUCAGGGGGUAUGGAGAGAAGGCAGGGAUGGGGUACUGAGUUGGAUGAUCAGCCAUGAUCAUAUCGAAUGGCAGUGCAGGCUCGAAGGGCCGAAUGGCCUACUCCUGCACCUAUUGUCUAUGUUUCUAUGAGAACGUGACAAUGGAGGGUGAGACAGGGCAGAAUGCAAAGGUAGCAAAGAAUCACGUCAUUAAAUAAUUUCGCUGAAACUAAUUUGGAAAUGACAGGUGGGGCAUUGAAUGGACUUUAUAACCAGAUAAAUGUAAAGUUAAAAUGAACAAAGGGCAGCUCGUCUCCUUCGCUUAACUGAUGAUGAGCGUGUGUAAUGGGAUUACGUGAUGCUGAAAUGUGUUUGCCCAGAGGCCGAGGAAUAAUUUGAUCAGAACCCUGAACUCUGGCCAUUUCCCUUAAAGCCGGAGCCGUCCUGGUUCCCUGCUUCAGUCGAGGUUCACCAGCCAUGCGGGAGGCAGAGUGUUGCCGCAACAUGAGGCUACGGGAGACCGUCUCCAUCUACAUGACUACUCUGCUGGUCAUCGUGGUGAUGCUGGUGCUGUGCUUCAGUCCCACCGCCCCCAAGCCCAGUCCCUUCCCCUACCAAGUACCGCUGGACCCUCAGGGGCUGGCCACGCUGAGCUGGAACGUCAGCUAUUCCCAGCAAGCCGUGUAUUUCUGCCUGGCCGUCACAGAACUGAAGUUUGGCAUGCUGUUUGGGAUGUCGGAACGAGGGGACAUGAGGAACGCUGACCUGGCCAUUCUGUGGAGUGACGGCCACAACUCCUAUUUCGGGGACGCCUGGACUGAUCAACAGGCUCAGAUUCACUUAGACACACAGCAGGAUUACCAGCUGAUUGAUGCUCACCAAUCUAAGCAAGGAUUUUAUCUCACCUUCAAGAGGCUUUUUAACACUUGUGACAAAAGAGACUACGUCAUUGAUAGUGGAACGGUUCACCUCCUGUACGGGUUCCUGGAGCGACCAACGGCAUCGGUGGAAACGAUAGACCUGCGAUCGGUGCCAAGGGGCAUCCAGAGGGUGCAACUCCUGAAGCCGGACAUCCACCCGCCUGCCCUGCCCACGGAUGUUAAAGUGUUGGAAGUCCUUGCCCCCAACGUGACCAUCCCCGACCAGGAGACCACCUACUGGUGCCACAUCAGCCAUCUUCCUGGCAACCUCCCGCCACAUCACAUUGUCAUGUACGAGCCAGUGAUUACUAAAGGGAAUGAGGCCAUCGUACACCACAUGGAGGUAUUCCAGUGUGCGGCGCUCAUUGACCAGAUCCCAGCUUACAACGGGCCAUGCGACUCUAAGAUGAAGCCUGCAAAGCUGAAUAACUGCAGACAUGUGCUGGCGGCAUGGGCGAUGGGUGCCCAGGCAUUUUAUUACCCAAAAGAUGCAGGAAUUCUUAUCGGUGGAACAAAUUCCUCAAAAUAUUUGCGGCUGGAAGUGCAUUAUCAUAAUCCACUGAAACUUUCUGGACGCUUGGAUCACUCUGGGAUUCGCCUGCUGUACACACCCACCUUAAGGAAAUUCAACGCAGGCAUCAUGGAGCUGGGUCUGGUGUACACUCCCAUCAUGGCCAUCCCACCGGCCGAGCCCAGCUUCGUGCUCACCGGAUACUGCACAGCAAAGUGCACCGAGCACACGCUGCCUCGGUCUGGGAUCCAGAUCUUUGCCUCGCAGCUCCACACUCACCUCGCUGGCAUGAAGGUGAAGACUGUUCUCGUCAAGGAUGGCGUUGAGGUGGACAUAGUCAAUGCUGAUGAACAUUUCAGCACUCACUUUCAGGAAAUCCGUAUGCUACAGAGGGAGGUCACCGUGUUACCUGGUGAUGUUCUGAUAACGUCCUGCACUUACAACACAGAAGGCCGGAGCUAUGCGACUGUGGGAGGACUCGGAAUCAACGAGGAGAUGUGCGUGAACUACUUGCACUACUACCCCCUGACACAACUGGAGUUGUGCAAGAGCACAAUGGAUCUCGGUUACCUGCAGAAAUAUUUCGCCUUCAUCAACAGGGCGGAUGAUGGCAGCAUCUGCACCUGUCCCCAAGUGCCUGUAACACAACAGUACCACGAGGUGACCUGGGACCCCCUGAGCCGCCGAGUGCUGAAGGCUUUGUAUGAUACUGCCCCCAUCUCAAUGCACUGUACCAACUCUUCUGGUGUGAGAGUCCCGGGUAACUGGGACAAGCAGCCUAUUCCACGAGUGACCAGAGAGUUGCGCGGGACCCCAGAUCGGUGCGGGGGAGCAAGUCGGCCGGAGCCAGGAGCGCCGACCCUUGUUGACUUCACCGCUGGCAAGGUGCCGAGGCAGUGAGGCGUGGACCCGGGCAGGCCUGGCUCUCGUACCCGGCCCUAGUGUCACCCGAUCCAUGGGGAGCAGAACCCGAGAGGAGCGAGCGGCUGGCCCGGUGACACUAAGCCCAUAAUUCCUCCCUCAUGUCUCAACUGUAAGGGGCUCGCAUGUAACCGUGUCCCAUCACCAUUGUACACUGCCUGUUGACUGAACCAGACCAACAUCCACUUCCAAUUAAACUGUAAACUCUUUUCAA